AUGGCGCAGCCGAAGGGUGUGGCGAGAGCCAUGGAAUUCCUGUCAAGCCACAAAGCAGCAUGCCAUAUCUCAGGAGAAAGCGUCCCCCGAGUCUACCGUCCUCCCUACAGAAAGCCCAAUCCCGUUAUUCCAGAACCUCUCGUCUUCGCCUCUCUCGCACCACCAGACGCAAGAUCCAAAUCAUUCAUGCUCAGCAUCGACUUCGACGCCGUCAGUGGACUUUUAGGCACGGGAGCCAGCCCCCAAAACAACAUCGCCGGCGAUUCAUUCGGUUUCUUCGCGUGUCAACCUCGAAUCGAUCACCAGAAUAAGCGAGCUCUGAACAUCCUCAUAACAAGCUGGCUAAGUCCGCGUCUCGCGCCUCCUCAAGCUCUUCAAGGAUCACGGCAUCGCUUCAAGCAUAACCUAGUUCACUCCAUGGAGAGCAUCCCCUCCGAGACGCAGCAAAUCCUCAACAGCGGCGCCGAGAUAGCGUGUUUACACGGAAACCGCGAGGGUGGCGAGCGCCGCUGUCCCGGAUCCCGGAAGCACACUACCGUGAAGGUUCUCGAGGAGUCUGGGUUCCUGUACGAGGAAAAGGCCCAGCGGCUGGUGCAGACUCCCUCGUCAACGCACCGCGACUACGAGCCGGAUUUCCUGCCCGAAGCAGCACCCAUUCAAACCCAUCGACUACCCGCCCCGCCUCCCAGCGACGACGACGUGGACGAAGCCGCUUCCGCUAUCAUCGAUGUCAAUGGAGGAGACGCUCGUUGA